AUGCAUUCAUUUGAUCAUACUACUCAUUUAACAAAUAUCAUUUCUGGUUUAAAGUCUUUAAAUCAAGCAUGGUGUACAGCAAAUUUAUUAAAACAGAGGAAGGAAAGUUUAUAUGUUUAUCAAAUGAUAGAUAAAUGGAUGCGACGAUGGUUAAAAAGCGAAGUAUGUAAUGCGAUAAAUUUGAAAAAAUCAUAUCAAGAGCGGAGAACAAAAGAGUUACCUGAAGAUGAUAAAUUUAAAAUAAAAGUAGUUAAAAAAGGGAGAAAAUCAGCACAAGGCAGAGCUUUAAGUGCAAACGCUCAGUUACCCUUUAAACAACAGAAAAGAAAAGAAAAAUUAAUACGCAAAGCUCUAGAAUCGUUGCCUAACAUCGUUGUUAGUCAGGAUACUGUAACUCCAAGUGAUGGAAUCUCUUCAACUGGUACAAUAUGUAAAAGCUUAAAUCAGUUGCACACUAGUAUAUUUGCUGAAAAUAGUGAGAAAUGUAGUGGUGUAAAUUAUGGGAACCAUGAGAAAUACAAAGAAGUCUUUGAAAACAUCAAAAAACACUCACCAUCAUCAACUGAUCAGCCGGAAGCGAAUGUAGGUCCCUUUGAUUCAAACGAAGUCUUCAGUUUCCGUACUAAAACAUCAUUGUCGGACAGCUCAAUGCAUUCAGUCGACAAAAAAAUAUAUAAUACACCCGAGAAAUCUGAAAUAAAUAUAUUAAAUAAUACAAGAGAUGGAGAUAACUGGAUAAGUCGACAAAUUCGUAUACACAGUUUUGAAACAAAUCUAAGUGAGUCAUCACAAACGACUACCUCUGGAAAACGUACUGUUAUAACCAUUAAAAAGAAACGCUUCUUCAUACCAUCACAAAAUGAUAACAGUUUAAAAAGUCCUAUAAAACAUCAACAACCCCUAAAACCAAACACUAAUGUAACAGUAUGUCCUAGAAAUGAUUCAUCGCCGAUGACUGAUAGUCAAAAAUAUGUGAGUAACUCAGUGUCAACCAAAAUGCUGCCUCUAUCAGACAAUGAAAUUAACUGUAUUUUUGACAGCAGUAACUAUGAUUUGGAAAUUAUGAAAGGUACCAAAUUAGGUAGGGAUGAACUGAAGCAUCGUGAACUACAACAUGAUAUCCAGAGGUCAGUACAAAAGACUCUCUGUCAUGGUGAAAAUUCAGAUAACAUUACUGGUAAUAUAACUACUGUAAGUAAGAAGUCCUGUAGAAACAAAACUUUAAAAAACACUAACUCUUAUGAGAAGAGUAGUCACUUACUAUGGUCAGAUAAUACCCUGUUGAGUGAGAGCUACGACACACAAGAUCCCAAGACCAUUUGUAACACAUUAAAUAGAAUUACAACGUCAUCAUCAGUUUUACAAACCGCACAAGUAGGAUUUACCAAAGCUUUUAGUACCACACCCACAAAUUUCUCAUAUGAAACUGAAAAUUGUACCAACAAACAUAUAUUUAAACAAAAUAAUGAUGCAGCUCUCAAAAGACUGUAUGAAAAAUUAACAAGAGUACGAAAACAGUAUUGGUUUCGUUUAAGAGAAUGUCCAAUGAAUUUCAGAAAAUACAGUUGUCGAAACGUGCCUAGUAGUCGGUGUAAUCUUUCAACAUACUCGCAAGAUAGAAAUUCAAUGGAAUCUGUAGUACUGUCUCAUAAUACUAAUAAGGUGAGUGGCUUAUAUAAAUCGACGUCGCCACCCAGAAAAGUCAAAAAGAGGAAUAGUAACUCCCAGCAAAAUAACAAUAGCUUUGACAAUACCAACUCAGAAAAAUCAAAGGCAACAUGUACUGUCGAAAACGCUACUCUAGGUCAACAGAAAAACAGCAUGUCAUCGUCAUCACUAAAGAGCCAAUGUCCUUCAAACCCAAAAAACAUUUCAGAACAAAACAGUGAGAAAUUAAAUGAUUAUACUAGUGGCGGCCUGGAAAUUACAGCCAGAGGGGCAGAAUUACCACUAGUGAACAUUGAAGACCUUAUAUCAUCUACCUUAUCAGAAGAUGCCAUUAAAAAUCACUAUUUUUGUAUACGUCAACCAGGUGAUGAUGCAUCAGACACGUACAGAUUCUCCGUACUCUCCGAAUUUCUUCAUUCUACAUCAGAUGAAUUGAUUGCAUACAAGCACAAACCUAGACCAGGAUUAGCUACAGGUCGGAAGCGCAUUCAUAGUUUGGAAAACAUUGGAAAAGACAAAUCAGCACAAGAAAAUACUGUCACACAGACAGCUGAAUUCAAAAGCAAUGAAACUACUAAAGAAUACGAAGCUGAUAGUUUAGAAGCUGUCGAUUCAUUGCCGACAUCAUUCCAGGAUAUGAAGGCAUAUGAUUCUCCUCAGUCCAAGUCAGAAUCUACUGUUGAGCCAAAAAUAAUCAAAUGGGAGUCACAUAAGUCAUUUCAUCGAAGUAGAUAUGAAUAUCAAAGGCCAUUUCGUUAUUAUUUACAAUCAGUAUUAUCAAGAGAUGCAAGUAGACGAACUAGAGUGAUGUCAUCAACCAAGUUCAGUACAGCGUCUUCACAGUUAAAAAAUAAAAAAUCUGGUAAAAAAAAUGGAAGGUCUAAAUCUCGAUCACUUAGUCAUGAUAAACGCAGAAAAGCAAGACCAAUGGAUAAGUCUGCUAGAAGGCAACCUGUGAUAAAAAGCUUAUCUAGAAAACAGAGUAAUGUAAAAAGUACAGAUAAAAGAAGUGGGAGAAUAAACAAAACAAAGCGCCGGAAAUACUUGCAAAAGAAUAAAUCACCCAGAAAGGGUAAGCAUAACCCAGUGAAAAAAUCAGAAAAAACUAUGCAACAACUAAAAAAAUCACAUCGUAAACCAAACGUUAAUUUAGUGAGUAAAACACGCGGGAGCUUAAUCUCUCAAUCUGACAUUGAAAACUCAUACCAGAAGCUAAAUAAAUUUACUUCUGAUAUGAAUCGCCUAUACAAAAUACGACAACAAAUUGAGAAUUCAAAAAUGAAACCAUUCGAGUUUACACAAACUAGAAAAGCGAAACUCAAAGGCAAAACUAAUAGUGACAUAAGCAAAGCAUACCAGUCGAAAUCAGUUUAUAACAACUAUGACAAUACAUAUGACUCUCAAUCAAUUGAAAUAACAACAAAGGAAAAAACUAUUCGUUCAACUCCAUGGUUUAAGCUGCAUAGACGUACCGCAAAUAAGAAAAGUAAAAGCGAAGAAAUUAGCUCCAGUUCGAGUCAAGCUCAAAAUCAACCACAUAACAGAAAGAAAAACAACUCGCAACAAAAGUCAGUGAAUAAACAGGUUAAAAACAAAAAGCAAAAUAAUUAUAAAUUUCUGAGACAAGUUAAUAUAAAUCAAAGAGAUGGCGACAAAGUCAACAAUACUGGCUACUUUAAUGAGAAGUUUGUCCAGAUGAAAAACCAAUAUGAUUUUACUGCGUAUUUAACUAUUAUUCCAUAUGAAAUCGAUGAAAUUGUUCUACCCUUUAGAGCAAAUAAUAAAAUUCACAGUAAACUUAAACAGAUUUAUUCAUUUCUCGGUGGUUUAGACAAGAAAUUACUAGAAGAUAUGCCUCCACAUAUUAAAAGUAAUAUGAAAGAUGUCAAUGAUGAGACUGAGAAUACAACGUCUAGUAAUAACAUCAGUUUAACAAAUCAAAAUCGUUCUUCUUAUCUUGAUGAAGUGAACAACAGAAAAAGAACAAAAAGAAAGUCAAUACUAUUGAACUGUUUCGCAGAAGGUGAUGUAAAGAACAAUGUAAACAAUAAUGCACCGAGUGUUUCAGCAAUUGAAAACACCGAUCUGAGUUAUCCAACAUAUUUACCGGAAAUCAAUCAAAAUACCGCAGAAUUUUGGUAUAAACUUUUAUAUACAUGCAAUGAUACUCGAUUGUCUAAUAUGAUUGAUGAAUUAAGACAAAUCACUGAUAGGCGCAUAUUUGCUAUUGAAUGUAAAUGUAAGUGUCGUAUUAUACUGGAUGAAAAGACAAUCUAUUCAAUAACUGCUCUUCCAUGUAUGCAGUUACGUAUAGUUUCCAAUGAAUUGAAAAAUGUACAAAAAGCUCUGAGCGAAUUAGAAAAUCAUCUUCCGAAUGUAUAUAAGCAACUUGUGUUCACAGAAAGAUUUCAUGCAUCAAAAAGCAUUGGAUCAAGUAGUAGUCUUCCGACGACUAAAUCUUUUCUGAUUAAAUCAAUUCCGCAGGGAAUUAAAAAGCCAUCAUUGAGUACAAUGCAAAGAUACAUACCCAUUAUAGAGAAAACAAAACAAAUGCAGAAAAGAAAAACACCGUAA